CAUGAUGAAGCAAUUUAGGUGUGUGUUAAAACCAUGUGAUCUGAUCAAACCAAUGAUGUUAAAAUAGGAUUCUUCAAAUAAACCACAUGGAUUUGAAAAUGAAUGAAUCUAAAUCUUUAAAUUUAAUUCCGUUACAGGAAUUCAACAAAAUUACAUCAGAUAUACUUCAAGAUCGAAAAAAUGUCAAUCGAAUCAUUGAUCUAAUUGAUAUUCUCUCAAAUUUGGAUGAGAUUCAGGCGAGUAAUCUUUACGCUGAAUCAUUGAUACGAUGUUUGUCAAAGAUAUGGACCAAUUAUAUUGAUUCUCGUGAAAUGGUCUUGCUUAAGGAUGAUGAUACAGAUCAAUAUAGCAAAAUCAAUAAAUUCAAAUCUUGGCUUAUUACUCUUUACGAAUCAACCAUCAGUCUUUUUAUUCGAAUUUUGGAAAACAAAGAAUCCAACUAUUCAUUGAAACUGAGACAAUUGUGUUUAGAAUUGCUGAUGAAAUUUGUUGAAGAAGAAGGAAAAUUCCCCUACCGUUACGCAACCAAUAAUGAUGAAAUAAGUUUUCCUGUUGUACUUUUGGAGAAAAUUGUUCGAUCUCUAAUCUCUGAACUAACUUAUAAUCAAGAAUUGAUUGCCUUCUAUUCGAAAUACCAAUACGAUGAUGUUAUUCAUUUCACCAUGACGAUAUUGCAUAAGAUUAUUGAUGAGAAUAAAGGGAAUGAUAAACAAAAUCUAAUGUUCAAUAUUAUCGAUAUGCUUUCUCCUAUUCGAUUGAUUACACCUGAAGAUUUGUUGCCCAAAAGUUUACAAUCAGAAUUUAGGAAAGUUAACAAAUCUAAUAACGACCGUAAAACAUUGAUUCGUCUUUGUGAGCUUCAUCGCAUUGAUGAUUCUGAUGAUAGUGGUAACCAUAUAGCUAAAUGGAUACAGUUACCUACACGCAAAUUUAAAUUCAAUUAUUCACGUGAUGCCGAAAUCUAUUCUUCAUUGUGGAUAAAGUAUUUCACUUUUCAAUUACCACCACAGGUGUUUAAAAAAUCUCUUCUCUAUCUUGACAAAUAUGCCAUAAGACAUUUCGAAAAUCCAUUAUUAUUGGCCGAUUUUCUAAUAAAUUCUUUUCAAACUGGAGGAAUCAUCUCAAUUCUAAGUCUAAGCCCACUUUAUACAUUAAUUCAUAAAUGCAAUUUAGAAUAUCCAAAUUUUUAUGGCCAACUUUACAGUCUUCUAGAACCUGCAAUUACUUAUGUAAAACAUCGACCACGAUUUCUAUUUUGGUGUGAUUUAUUUCUCACAUCUACGCAUAUAUCAGCCACAAUUGUCGCUUCGUUUGCAAAAAAAUUUGCCCGUUUAACAAUCAUUUCAAGCCCCGACACAAUAUUGAUUUUAUUACCAUUCAUAGGAAAUUUAUUCAUCAGACAUCCAAUGAUCAAACGAAUGUUAGACUAUAAACAAAUUGAACCAGAACAAGAUCCAUUUCUUGAUCAAGAACAAGAUCCAGAAAAAACUCAAGCAUUGAAUAGCUAUAUGUGGGAAUUGAAUCUACUUCAAUCACAUUAUCAUCCUGAAAUAGUUUUACUUUCCAAACAGAUUAGCAGUGAAUUGCCUCGUUAUGAAUGGAAUAUGGAAGAUAUUCUUGAAACUUCGAUGGAUGAUGUGAUAGACAAAACAAAAACUUCGUUGAAUGAUCAAAAAAAAUUUUCAUAUGAUCUUGAUUGUAGCCUUUACUAUGAUUUAUAAUGUUUAUUAUUAUUUAGCUAAUAAUUU